UUGUCGUCUUGCUCCGUCUCGAGGAGUUUUGUGUUUCAUAUAUCGCAAGUGAGGUUAGAACGGAAGGACUUAGGCGAUAAAAUACUACUUGGGCAACAAAGGAAACAAGUCAGAAGGAAGGGUCACAAAUAAACAGGUUCUUACAUGGAUGGAUGAUUGUUCUGAACAAGAAGGACAAGGGGUAACCCGUGGAAAAAGAAAUAAAGUGCAAGGAAAAAGGAAAGGAUCAACCAAUCAAACCACUCUCAAGGAAGUGGACAACAAGAGAUCUAAACCCAGCCAGCAAAGGCGAUCAUCUUUGACACAAAGAAGUCAGUCUACCGUAACCUGCACAUACAAUUUAAGGUCACGUAGUGCAUCAACAAGCCCUCGUUCCAGUACAAGUGAUUGUUCAACUCACAGUGGUCCACUAGUUCAAGAAAAACAAGAAGCUAACAGGAAGCCUACGGCUGUGCCUUCAUUUGCUGCUGCUUUCAGCAAAUCAAGGCAACCUCAGCCUUCCUUGACAGCCAUUGGUAAUUUGGUGACGUCUCAACCCUCUACUCUCCAUCCAAGCAAUCCCUCAUCAUCAGCCAUUGGUAACCUAUCCUCCUCCUCCAAGUCUUCCUCUCGUGGAAGACGCUCUGCGUCGUCAUCUUCAUUAUCUGAUAAGUCUGCUGGACCAAGCCAAUCUGCAGCCCGAACCACCUGUGCACCAUCACGAAGUUGGAGAAGGAGUGACCUGCCUGAGCCUAGUACAGGCUUAAGGCGGUCACAGAGACUCAAAGAGACAACGGGAUCUUGUGCCAGUAACAGUCGGCGUGGGCCAGGAAAGAAGCAGUCGUGGACACGCCGACAAUCACCCAGCAUGUCAGCUGACAAUGCUCCCCAGGAACCUGGAUCUUUAGAUGGAGCUCAUGGAAGUGCUGAAGAUUCUGCUCCUUCUGCUAGUGGCGAAGCCUCCAGAAGUGAGUUAGAGGGUUCUGGCAGCCUUGAAGAUAUGGAGUUAAAAGAUGGCGAGUUAUCAAGAUUACAAGCCCUCCUGGAGGCAAGGGGUGUUCCUUCUCAUCUGAUUGGUUCAUUAGGACCACGGAUGCAUCAGCUGUUGCACCGAACUAUCAGCUCUGGUUCAGGUGGUAAAGUCCAACAGAUGUUGGCAGGGAUCCAGUCUUCUGAUGAAGGACAACAGCUUCAGUCUGUCAUUGAAAUGUGCCAGUUUUUAGUAAUGGGUAAUGAAGAAAGCCUUGUUGGAUUUCCUGUGAAGCAAGUUGUGCCAGCACUUGUAAACUUGCUUUCAAUGGAGCAUAACUUUGAUAUGAUGAAUCACGGCUGUCGUGCCUUAACCUAUCUUAUGGAAGCUCUGCCCAGAUCAACUGCUGUUGUAGUUGAAGCAGUACCUGUGUUCAUAGAGAAACUACAAGUGAUCCAGUGUAUGGAUGUUGCAGAGCAAGCUCUCACUGCCCUAGCAAUGCUGUCUAGAAGACAUGGAAAAGCUAUCUUGCAAGCUGGAGGAAUGUCAGCCUGUCUUCUGUACUUGGAUUUCUUUUCAAUAUCUGCUCAGAGGUCAGCAUUAUCUGUUGCUGCCAAUUGUUGCCACAGCAUUGGUGUGGGUGACUUUCAUCUUGUUGCAGAUUCCAUUCCAGUUUUAAGUGGCAGGUUACAGCACCAGGAUAAAAAGUCUGUUGAGAGCUGUUCUGUGGCAUUUGCUCGACUGGUGGAUAGCUUUCAGACUAAUGAGAAACAUCUGGAAGAGUUGGCUGCCCAUGGCCUGCUUAAUAACUUGCAACAGUUGCUUAUGAUGGCCCCUCCAGUCAUUAGUACUAGCACCUUCGUGAUGGUGGUGCGUAUGUUGGCUGUGUUGUGUUCCAACAGUCCAGUGAUAGCUGUGCAGCUUCUGAGGCAAAAUGUGUCUGAUACAAUUCUGUAUUUAUUGCUGGGCACCACAGAACCUGGAGAGGUAGAGAAUGCUGAGUUGUUGUCAAGAAGCCCACAAGAAUUCUUUGAAAUAACUUCUUUUAUCAGUGAACUUCUACCAAAUUUGCCAUCAGAUGGUAUCUUCUCAGUUGAUGCUCUGCUGUGCAAACCACAGCAGAAGGCUGAACAAGGACUGUGGCAGUGGAGAGAUGAUAGGGGACUGUGGCACACAUAUUCAUGGAUUGACAGCAAGAUUAUUGAGGCUGCAUACCAGAGUGGAGAGGAUGAGCUUACUCUCACUACACUGGGAAGAACUUACACUGUUGACUUUAACAGCAUGCAGCAGACAAAUGAAGACACAGGUACUUCAAGACAGAUACAGCGAUGUCCAGGAGGAAGUGAAACAUCUACAGCACAGUCUAAGACAGAGGAAACAAAAAUCACCAAGAGUGAUGAACGUUUAGUUGUUUUAUGUGAAGAUACCAAGCUAGCUUCAUCGUACACUUGUGUUAUGUUUUCUGCUUUAUACAAGAUAUUCAGCUCUUCUGUUGGACCUGCAGUGAGACACAAAUGUGUGAAUGCUAUUUUGAGGGUGCUGUGUCAUGCCCCUCCUGAUCUGUUGGGAGUGGUUCUUAAAAGACAACCCAUCUCCAGCUUGAUAGGGGGAAUGCUUCAAUCAAAUGACUUGAGAGUCAUAACUAAUGCUCUUCAAAUGGCUGAAAUUGUCAUGCAAAAAAUGCCGGAUGUUUUUCAUGUAUCAUUCAGAAGGGAAGGAGUGAUGCACAGAGUUAGAGAUUUGGCCAAUGGUCUUUUGGCUACUAAAUCAAAGUUAUCAGGAAAAAACUGCUCAUCAGAGUGCCUGGUAGAUACUAGUGAAAUUGAAAACCCUGGACAGAGAGCGACAGAAAAUGCCCAGUCAUUACCAGUUACCAGGAGACUGGGAGAUGUGUUGCGGAGGAAACGUUAUUCAAAAAGGCCUGGCAGAGGAAAGGCCAGUAGUUUUCCCAGCACAUCAGAAGCACAUGUCGAGAUAAAUAGAGACCAAAUUGGAAUUCCCUCUUCAAAGACAAUACUUCAUGAGAGCAGGGCUGCUUUUCUGGCCUCUCAAGUGUCAACCAGACUUAACUCCAAAUCUGCAGUUCUUUCGGAGCGACCAGCAAAGCUGGAAACAUCUGUUGCAAGCAGCCUUUCAGAGAACAGAGAAAAAAUUUUGGCUUGGAUUAAAGAUCAAGCAACCAAGUUUUGUGCUGAGUAUUUUGAUCAGCAGAAGGGAGACUCUCACCCAGCACUUAGUGUACUUCGACAGUUAAAGAGUGCUUCAGAGGAGUUGGCUUUAGAUAAAGAAACAUUUAUUCCAGCACUAGAGGAAGUCUCCGCUGUGCUAACUAAUGAAGACAACAGUGCAUGUGCAUUUGAGAUCCUCCAUAGUGGACUGGUACCAAAUCUUCUUAGAUAUCUAACAUCUACAGAAGUUAAUGAUGCCCUUCCUCAAGAAACACGGCUCAGAAUAUUUUUCCAUGUGUUUAUGGGACUUCCAGAAACAAGUUCCCCUGGAGAUUUAAAGAUCACGACUAAACCUAAUGUAGCGCCCAUGGCUGCCCUGAUACAGAAACUUCACUUGUGCAUCAACCAGUUAGAACAACUCCCAGUCAAAGUUCAUGAUACACCGGGAGGGGCAGUUGGAGCAAGAGGAUCGCAAGCUCUAAGAUUUUUCAGUUCUCACCAAAUCAAGUGCCUUUUACAAAGACACCCAGACUGUGAAGGGUUACGACAGUGGAAACGUGGACCAGUCAAAAUUGAUCCACUUGCUCUUGUUCAGGCUAUUGAGAGAUACCUUGUUGUUCGGGGAUACGGGAAAAAACGACAGAAUCCAGAAGAUGAGGGAAGUGAGGAUGACGGGUCUGAUGAUGACAUUGACGAGUCUUUGGCAACUGAACUGCAAGGUCAAAACAACUCAAGGCAUCAACUGGAGAUUUUAUUGGGAGACCACCUUCUUCCCUACAACAUGACAGUUUAUCAGGCUAUCAAGCAGUAUGGUCAGUGUGAUGAGGACAAAGACUUUGAUGAUGACCAUGGUGGCAUCCUUGGCAGACCCAGUAUUUGGGUCUCUACCCAUACGAUAUGGUUUCGACCUCUUAGCCAAAACCAAAAGGAGCAGCAAACUGUCAACAGUAGUAAAUCUAAGUGUGGGGCCAGUGGAACGGCUUCACGAGCCUCCAGGAAAACAUGGAAAGAAGAUGAAUCUGAAAAUGAAAUGUCUCUUGGUCAGCUCCUCGUGGCUUGUGAACCUGGAUGCUUUGUUACUUCAGAUCCUAGUGUGGAAGUGAUCAGUCUUAUGAAAGCUCUUCUUGUUCUUAAUUAUCACUGGACAACGCUUUAUGAGGGGCAAACUCGUAGAGUGUUUUUGUCUUCUAGUGAAUUUAUAAACAACAAACUUGCGGCAAAAAUUACACGGCAGUUACAAGAUCCUAUCACAGUAAUAACUGGGAAUUUUCCUGCUUGGGUAGAAGAACUGCCUCGAAAAUGCCCUUUUCUGUUUCCUUUCGAAUGUCGACAGCAGCUAUUUUAUUGCACUGCUAUGGAUAGAGACAGGGCUCUUAGCAAACUUCAGGAAACAUUACCGGAGCUCAUGAAUACUGACGCAUCAGAUCGCGUUGCACCGAGAUUUGACAGGAAAAAGCACACUGUAUCUCGAGUGGGACUUCUGGACCAAGCAGAGAAGUUGAUAGGUGAUCUUGGUAGCUCACAGUCUGUACUGGAAAUACAAUACGAAGGCGAGGUUGGGACUGGCCUUGGCCCCACUCUGGAAUUUUAUGCUCUGAUUUCUCAAGAAUUCCAACGUGCAGACUUGGAGAUGUGGAGAGGAGAAAGUAUGCUGCCUCCGGGAGGAACUGGAUCUGAUGAAGACGUGUCAUAUGUUUACUCCCCAGCUGGCCUGUAUCCAGCCCCAGUUUCACGCACUGCCAAAGCAGCAAAUGUGUCAAAGCUCUGCUCCAAGUUCCAGUUCCUGGGUAAAUUCUUGGCUCGUGCUAUCAUGGACUUUAGAAUCCUCGACAUUCCCUUCUGCCCCAUACUAUACAAAUGGCUUCUCAAUCAGGAAGGCACACUAGACCUGGGUGAUCUGGCUGCUGUAGACUCAGUCUUGGCUCAGUCGCUGACCCAGCUGCAACAGGUGGCACAAAGAAAGAAACAGCUGGAGCAAGACUCCUCUCAUACUCCAGACAGUAGGCAGCUGGCUGUGGAUAGUCUUACCUUGGAUGAUGUACCCAUCGAGGAUUUGGGUCUUUCCUUUACUCUACCAGGCCAUCCCGAAUUUGAACUCAAGCGAGGAGGAAAGGAUAUCACAGUCACAAUUCAUGAACUGGAGGAAUACAUUAAGCUGGUUGUACAGUGGACUCUAGUGUCAGGUGUAAGACGACAAAUAGAUGCACUCCGUGAAGGCUUCAACUCUGUGUUGCCUCUAUCAAAUCUUACCAGUUUUUCAUACACUGAGAUGGAGCUGGUUCUUUGUGGUAAUGUGGCCGAGAAGUGGGACUUGAAAUGUCUUGUGGAGAGCUGCAGACCUGACCAUGGCUAUACUCAUGACAGUCGUGCUGUCAAGAUUUUGUUCGAGAUACUUAGUGGUUACACACAGGAAGAGCAGAGGCUAUUUUUACAGUUUGUCACGGGCAGCCCUAGCUUACCAGUUGGAGGCCUGCGCAGUCUUAAUCCACCGUUGACCAUAGUUCGCAAGUCGUUUGAGCCUCCAUUGUGUGCUGAUAACUACCUGCCUUCUGUUAUGACCUGCGUCAAUUACUUGAAACUGCCAGACUAUUCCAGCAAAGAGAUCAUGGCUAGCAAGCUUAAGCUGGCUGUCUUAGAGGGACAGCGUUCAUUUCAUUUGUCUUAAGUCUUCACACACCAUCCCAAGUGUACGCUCCAACACACUCAUUGUCGAACAAGUCGAACUGCGACCGCUUGACGUGAUGGGAAGUACUCACAUCAAUUCUUUUAAAUGUUCAUGUUACCAUCAAAAUCAUUGCGAAGUUGACAAAUUUGGUAAAUAAAGAAAUUGUUAAAUUUUGAUAAUAUGCUUUCUUAACUAUUAAGUUCAUGUUAAAAGUCAUUGACCAACCACUUGACUCUCUUAAGUACGAGGCUUUAUUAUUGCUACAGUAAUAGAAUGACCUUAUUGCAGUAUGCAGUUUCAUUUUAGGUUUUAACUUUCUGCCGUUCUCUUUUGUUUGUUUUUUUUUUAUUUCUCUUGGGGUUAAGAUUGAUUGAUUUACUUGUUUGUAAUAUAUUUUAAAAAGCCUUAUAUACAUAGCAAUUGUACAUAAACAUGACGGAUUAUUUGCUUCCCAGAGCUUUCACGGUGUUUGACUGUGCUCAUCUCUCCUUCUCUUCCCAUCCUUUCCCUUUCAUUUCCUUUUUGUUGUAGGAACUCUUCUUAUUUACAGUCAGUGAAGAGCAUACUGUACACAUAUUGGAAUAAGGUCGCUUGAUAGAAAUCACUAACUUUGAUUGUUAAAUACACGUGUUAAGGAGAAGAAAUUGAACCACCAAGACUAUGCAAAUCAACACUGUUUACUAAAACUAUGAAAGCUGUGUCCAUGAAGAACUACUUAAGGAUGUUCACAGCCGCUGUAAAUAAUCGACUAAAGUCGACUUGUUUCAGUAUCAUUCUAUGUUUUACUCGUUAGUUUGCAAAAGAAGGAAACCUAAAUUUUUGUAACUGUACAAAGGCCUAAUAGUACCACCACACAACAGUAAUCUGUAUUACAGACGUAUGUGAUGUUUGCUUGGAAAUAAAUAAAAAAAAUAUAAGUGGUAA